CCCCCCCCCCCCCACACGCAUCCGCCUUGCGUGUGGAGGAGCGUUGGAGCCGUGCUGUGGUAGCGCGUUUACCCAGGCUGGAGGAGCUGCAGCAAGCUGCAGCAAAGCGAACUCCUGCCAGUGGCUUCUGAUGACCUCUGAAUGUCAGUGCUGUCUGCGCUGCUGUCUGCGGAGCGAGCCUCGGCUAGGAGAAACGGCAGCGCGUCUCCUCAGCCGCGACUGCAGCAACCGAGUGCCUAGCAUAGAAGAGCCAUGGCCAGAAUUAGAUGCUUAUCCUAGGGAUGCGCAUCUCAGUUCCUUGAGGUGGCUGCGCUGAUAUGUGCUUUAGCGGCCCUAUUCGCUCACAGGUAUUUGGACGUAGAGGUGAGAAUUCCAAGGCUGGUCGUAAAAAUAUCAUUAAUUUCAUGUGUUUUUUAUAGCCUUCGACAAAAUGAUGUAUAUAAUAACUUGAAGUGGUGAAAAGCUGACAGGAGUAAUGCUUAAUGAGAAAAAUAAGUACAGGACUGAAGUGAAAAGCUUAAAAAAUAAUCCCUGAUUUGCUGUAGAAAAAAAAUAAUCAUAUCAUUUAAAAAAUCUUAACUGCCUGUUGUAUUUUGUUUACUUUUGGAAGCAAACCACCAGCAUAAGAAACUUUGCUGGAAGAAAAUAUAUAUAAAAUGGGCCUGGAGCGUUUCCCAUAUGAGAAAAGGCUGAGAGACCUGGGACUGUUCAGUCUGGAGAAGGGAAGGCAGAGAGGGGAUUUAAUCACUCUUUAUAAAUAUCUAACGUGUGGGAGUCAAAUGGAUAGGGCCAGGGUCUUUCCAGUGCUGUGCAGCGGUAGGACAAGGGGCAGUGGACACAAACUGGAACACAGGUGUAGCAGAAAUGCUGAGUCACGGCUUGAAGCAGUGACUGAGCACCUGGUAGCAAGGCAGGGCCAACCCAGGGGAGCUCAGGUGCAUGCAGUGCACCUGAGUGACUAGAAGGGGUGGAGCCAGGAUCUAUCCCUUCCCAGGCCUCACUUAAAGGUUGGCAGUGGAGACUGGGGUAUCUCCUUGGAGAUUCUUGUGUGCCUGAGGCCUUCUGAAGGAUAUUUUCUGUCUUGUGGAUGGAUGGCUCCAGAGACUGCUUCAAGGAUAGAAGACUUGCUUCAGACUUCAGUCCUUGAUAACAGCUUCUUGGAGUCUCCAAUCAGGAAUGAAGUGGAAGUCAGCUGAACUAACCUGUGCACUACUGAGACGAAAUGACAUUUGUGUUUGUGAUGAAUGGAAAUCAUGGCAGCAUCUAACAUGGGAGGAAAAGACAUGAAUGGACAAUGUGGCGUGACUCAUUCAGAUUGCAAAUCUUCUGCCUUCUUAUGGCAAUACUGGCUGUUGUUGUGCUGGUCCAUAACUUUUUUCAGUUAGAGCACCUGGAUGUCUACACAGUUUCAGGAUCAAAUUGGAUAACAGAGAACAAUGACCAGCCUUCCCUAUCACAGACAACUAAAACUACCAGGAAGCCUUACUGUGGUUAUGAGAAGCAGACUUUGUCCAAAAGAGAACGAGUGGAACAGGAAUCAUUGCUUGCUGCAAUACAAUGGCCAAAACCUCCUGAUGGCAAAAUUGCUUUUUUACAAAGCACUGACCCGGUACACAGUGACUUUGCGAUUGUGAAGCCCAGCGGGUUCUUCAAGGUGGGUGACCAGUUAGAGGUGAUUGUUCGUGUGAGGGACUUCCAAGGAAAACCCAAGCAAUAUGGUGGAGACUAUCUACAGGCACGAAUCCACUCUCCUCUGCUGAAAGCUGGAGCAACAGGAAGGAUUGUAGAUUGCCACAAUGGCCUUUACAAAGUCUUUUUUACUUUGCUUUGGCCAGGAGAGGUCAAAGUAUCCGUGACUCUCGUCCAUCCAAGUGAAGCAGUCCAAGUCCUCCUGCGUUUACGAGAUGAAAGGCCUGACAGGGUUUAUUUUAAAAGCUCAUUCAAGUCUGGGAGGUAUUCAGAAACUACUGAGUGCAAUGUAUGCCUGCCUGGAGAUCUUCCAGUCUGUAACUUCACGGAUCUCUAUACUGGUGAGCCGUGGUUCUGUUACAAGCCACGAAAACUGUCCUGUGCCAGCCGAAUCAGCCAUGCCAAGGGUGGAUAUCAAAAAGGCCUUUUGACACAUGAGGAAAGCCUCUUUUUCCAAAGUGAUGUGAACAUCAAAAUGCCAAUACUCUCCAGUGGACCUGACUCAGUGAUUGUAAAGCCCAAGGCAUUUCCAGAUUCAAGCAAUAUGGGUAUAGCUGAGGAUCCCACAGUUUCCCCUUCUGGUUAUUACUACGAAGACCUUUGGAGGCCAAGAACACACUGGAUUUAUCACUUUAACAAGUCAGAUGAUAUAAGCAAGUGCUUACAAGGAAAAGUAAUCCACUUGUUUGGAGACUCUACAAUAAGGCAGUGGUUUGAGUAUCUGACCGCAGCCGUUCCAGACCUAGUGGAAUUUAAUCUGGGGAGUCCUAAGAACGUUGGCCCUUUUAUGUCUGUGGAUCUGAAGCACAACAUCCUACUGAAAUUCCGCUGUCACGGACCGCCCAUUCGCUUUACAACAGUCUUUACAAGUGAACUGCGCUACAUUGCUAACGAACUGAAUGGCAUUGUUGGGGGGAGAAACACUGUAAUAGCCAUAACUAUAUGGUCCCACUUCAGCACUUUCCCUGUGGAAGUGUAUAUCAGGCGGCUGAGGAAUAUUCGGAGGGCAGUUAUUCAACUGCUGGAUCGCAGCCCCAGGACUUUAAUUGUCAUCAGAACUGCAAACGUUCAGGAGCUUGGCCCAGAAGUGAGCCUCUUUAACAGUGACUGGUAUUCCUUUCAGCUUGAUUCUAUCAUGAGGAAAAUGUUCUCAGGAAUUGCUGUGCACUUUGUGGAUGCUUGGGAGAUGUCUCUGGCUCAUUACUUGCCACAUAACUUGCACCCAAAAGAAGUAAUUGUUAGGAAUCAAAUAGAUGCAUUUCUAUCUUAUGUGUGCCCUCUGCAAAUUUAGCCCAAGUAGGAAUCCCUAUGUCAUGUUUUGCUGCAGUUGAGGUAAAGUUGGUCUCUGCCAGAGCUAAGUUAAUGCUGAAUGGUGUGAAAGAACUCUUGUUAUUGUACCUUCAUGCAGUGUAAGCAGGCUGGCCGUAACUCUAGUAGCUGUGAGGGAUAGUGGAGAAGAGUUAGCUGUUCAGGCCAUGUUUUCCUGUAAGGUUGAUUCCUUUCAGUCUUACUUAGAUCUCAGAUUAUUAGCAGGCACCUUAAAUUGACAAGAUUCAAUAGAGAAUUAUGUGGGUUAUUAGCUUUACUAGUCAUCUGCACUGUAUGUUUAAUCCACAUAAUGUGGAAUCUGCUCAAAACUGGGUGGAAUCUAGGUAAGGAAUUAUUUGGGAGCAGUCUUUCUUUCAAACUCUCAACUCAGAGUUGAAGGAGCAUCCUCUCCAGUCCUGUGUCAGUCAGAGAAGCACAAUGCCUAUUCUUGUUUCAAAGUCCUAAUCAGAAAUGUGAAGUGUGUGUCCUAAAGCUGCUACUAUCAGUCAAGGAAGCUCAAUCACAAUGUCUAUAGUAUUAAAGUCAUCAAGAGUUGGCUGAAAUUUAGUAGAGCACACUAGUUAGGCACUCUUGGUGUUUACAGAUAGCUGCUAAAUAAUGCAAAUGGCCAGUAUUUCAGUUGGGUUUCCUAUACUACCGAAUCUCUUCUGAGCUUUGAUACGCUGUCUACUUGAUUUAUCUGUAACGAAGUAACCUGUGUAUGUUGACCUCCAGUGAAGACACUGUCUCAGGCAAUUUCUGCACGUUAAAAUUGCAGACUUACCUGCUUGAGGCAUUUCCUAAUGAAAUCAUUUUACUUCCCUGUUAGAUAAACAUGUUCCAUUAUGCUCCUGCAAAGCUGGGCUUCUGUUAUGUGCUUUUAGACAUAAUACGUUGUGUCAGGAGAAGCCAAGUUACCUGAAUGCCCUUAACAAUGAUUUGCAAACAGGUGACUGUACAAGUCUGGCAUAAGCUAGUGUCAAGGCUGUGUGCUGACAUCCUCCUUUCCUCUUGUGUUGUGCAGUUUUAUUGCUUAUGCUGGCAACAGUGGAGCUGUUGAAUGAAGAGAUGACCAAAAAAAAAAAAAAGAAAAUCCCACCCGCAAACCAAACACACAGGACUGCCCUUCAUACAGGUGCUUGGUAAAUGUUUGCUGUUUUGCCAGUGUGAAAGCAGGUGGCUCUUGGGCUUCCUGGAACUGUUUUCACUGCUGCUGAUUUGACUGAACCUGCCUAUAGUUUUAAUAAGUAGCACUCUGAAUAUUUUGAUUAAAUUCAGCUCUGAAAUUACAGAGUAGGGAAGCAUUCAGUGUUGCCUUAUUUCUGGUCCCACUUAAGCCAAAAUUGGUCUUUACCCAUGGCUUUACUGAGAAAUGCAUCAAGACACGUAGUAGAGUGCUUCUGAAGAAGCUUAUAAUGCUUAGAGAGAAUGUGAGAGUCGAUUCUUUGUGAGUGAACUGAGAAGAUCAAAAUUAACAAAUGGGGCAGGUUGCAGAGUGCAGUAACUGAAAUGUAUUUGUGUCGGAAGUGUUUUGCUCUCUGCUAGGUUUGUUGCUACGUUUGGAGAGAUUGUUCUCUUGUUGCUAGAAACUAAAGAGAGCUCAUGCUGCUAGCUACAGGAACACUGUCUUAAAACCAAAUGUAAAUGCUUUUAGCAUGUAAAAGUCAAUAGCAUCCAUCACUAAGCUUAAAUUGAAAAAGUUUAAAAAUCACUGUAGGAAUUGCAUACACCCAAAUAGCGUUUAAUCUUACCUUUUCAGAUCAGAAUUCAGGAUGUCCAGUUUGCCAGUUGCUACUGACAACUGCCUUGCUUAGUGUCUGUGCAUAUAUUAGCUUUAGGUAAGUGUUUCUUACUUUAAUAUGUUAAUAGCAAUGUAUCCUCUGCUAAUAAGAGACCACACCAAUUCAGGCAUGGGAAGGUAAACCACCACAAUGCAAAAUGACAUUUAAUCUUCUCUAGGUGCAUUUUUAAAAUGGGUAGAGUACAAAGCUUUCAUCCUGAAUAAGAAAUCUAUCCAAAUAACGUUAAUGAAAAUAAGGCUUCAAACUUUUACUUUGAAGGAAACUACUUAAUUUGUGGACUCGCCAUUUGGUUUUCCUCAAAAAAGCCAUACCUUGUGUGAAAGCGUUGGGACAGCAUGUUUCUUCUCUUGGUGUUCACUAGCGCUCUUCAGCAGCAGUUUUUCAACACUGUUAGCCAUAAAAAAAUAGAGAGGAAAAAUUCUCUUGGAUGUUAUGACAAUCAAAAGCAAGAGAACUGGAUUGCUAUUAGCGAAGAUGUCUCAUCGCCUCCUGGUAGAAACUCUGCCUUUUAGGUUAAUUUUUUAACAACAGAUUAAUGUGUGGGUCAUGAACUUGAGGGGAAUUGCCUGUUAAUGUGGGAUGAGGACUGAUAGUUUAUUUCUUUGUGCUCUGGAAUAGACAGGGAGAUACUGAGGAGUUACUGAUGUUAAAAGAUGAAGACUGAGGGCAGAAUGCUUUUGUUAUUCAGUUCAACUGUAAGCUUAUUUUCAUUUCUAUUCUCCUUUUGCUACCAGUUGCACUGGUUGUGUAUGUACUGUAUAUAGAAGCGUAAUCAGAAGCAAUAAAAUAUUUUUAAAUCACUUUCUUUAAACCUUUAAGCUUCUAAAUGGAUUUUAAUGAGGACUUAAGAGGUUGGUUCUUUUUCAAGUUACUUAAUACGAAACGGGACUCAAAAGGAAUUUUGCAGUUGUCAGUUAUGUAAAUGAAGAUACUUGUAGAAGUUUCUUUCAUGAGACUUUUUCAAAGCUCUGUUUUUCUUUCCAUUCCCUUCAGAUGAAGGGAAGAGAAUUUACUAUUUUGGAUAUCUUUAUUCCCAACCCUGAACCUUUUGACUAUUAAUCUUUCAGUACAGGGGUUUUCUUUACAUUAUUACUUUAUUUAUUCCAUGCACAGCUCACUUAAAUACCAGUGAAAAAUACUUUGUAUUUUUAUGGCGAUCAUGAGAAGAUAUCAGAGGAAUUUGUAAAAAUAAAUAGUCUUCAUUUUA